AUGCUCUUCCAAACCGAUUGGUCACUGCCCUCUUCAAUCGCGCCUUCUGCACGCGGCAAGGAACCUCUGAAACCCGAUCAAUCGACAAACGAUGACAGCAGCAGCACUCUUCAACAGCGAUCAGCAACCAAAGAAGCCGAUCGAUUGCAAUUGCAGAUCAAGCAGCUGGGCAACAACAACACCGGCGCGAAGCAAAAGAAGACAAAGAACAAGAACAAAAAUCAAACGAAACGACCGAACAAGGUAGAAGACGCCACUAUCCAAGUUCAAGAUAAAACAGCAACCGAGUCAAAGCAGCAACGACAAAACAAACGAUCAGCAGAAGAAUCACGUGCACCAGCCAAAAAGCCAAAACUUGAUAGCAGUCAAACAGCAGAUAGCAACAAACAGCCUGCAGCAGCAGCACCUGAAUCAUCAUCAGAGAAGGGCAAAGAUAAUGUGAAUGGAGAAGCAGCAACAAAGAUGAGUAAAACAGCCAAAAGGAAACAAAAAAAGAAGCUACAAGAGUUAUUGAAGAAGAACGCCUCCGGAAAGCAGCAGCAACAACAACAACAGCAGCAGAAAUCGACCAAAGAUUCUUCUCAAGAGCCAGCAUCAUCCACUCCUCCAAAAGCAGUCUCCAAACCAGGCACCAAGCUUACCGCAUUACAGCAAAAGAUGAAGGAAAAGUUAUCAGGAGCUCGUUUCCGUUGGUUGAAUGAGCAACUUUAUACAACAAAGGGUGAUGAAUCUUUCAAGUUAUUCCAAGAAAAGCCUGAAUUGUUUGACGAAUAUCAUGAAGGAUUUCGGCAUCAAGUUGAAUCAUGGCCAGAGAACCCCGUUGACAUCAUCAUCAGCCAGCUUCAAGAUCUCCCUGAAGGAACGGUCAUUGCCGAUUUGGGUUGUGGAGACGCCAAAAUUGCACAUACUCUCACUCGACAAAAGGUGAUGAGCUUCGACAUGAUUGCAAAGAACGACAAGGUCAUCGCAUGCGAUAUUGCAAAGCUCCCUCUACCAGCCGAUUUUGUGGAUGUUGCUGUUUUUUCCUUGGCGUUAAUGGGUACAAACUACCUGGAAUUCCUGAAAGAAGCAAAACGAGUAUUGAAGCCAGGCGGAGAGCUCAAGAUUGCAGAGGUGAUCAGCCGUUUUAGUGAUGUGGAUGGCUUUAUUGAUUUGUUGGAGCAUCUUGGGUUUGACUUUGUGGACAAGGAUGCUAGCAACAAGAUGUUCAUCAUGCUCUAUUUCACCAAACGAGAGGUUGAUGUCGACGAGGAAAUUGAUAAAGAGAUGCUUCAAGGUCUUAGCAAGAAACAAAAGAAGGCAUUACGGAAAGGAGCUGGCGUCAGCGUUUCUUCAGCCAAGUUGCAAAAGACAGCAGAGAAUCUAUUGAAGCCAUGCGUAUAUAAGAAGCGAUAG